UAUAAUCAAUCCAUCAACACCACCUCCUCUUUCCAUCUCCAAAAUUCCUCAGCCCAUUUCUCAAACUCUUAACCCAUCGCCCCUUUUCUUCUCCGGUACAAAAGAUUCAACAUUGCAGACAUUUUUGUUUUUCUUUUGACUAUAUUGUCGGGUCGAGAAAAUCAAUACCUUGUGAGAUGAAGAAAGAUUCGAUUUUUAUCCCUUCUUUUUUCCUUCAUAAGGAUCACGUAUUGAAAUCACAUCAGGUUAUGUUUUGGGUUUGAAAGACUUCGUCGCUUACUCCCGUUUGAAAUUCGCUGCAUGAAAUUCGCUACCCUCAAAAUUUUCCGUUUUAGAAAUUUCUACGGGUUCGAGUAAUGAAGAAGAGCGAGACCACAGUGAGAACAGUGGCGUCGCCGGCAUCGGCGCCGGUGGUUAGGCAGCUGGAUUUCACGGUCAAUCUCAAGGCCUCGACAAAUGCUAAUGCCGUUUCGAGUUUGAUACUGCCGGACCACCCUCAGGCUCUGCUACAAUCCAAAUUGUUGGCCUUAGCCCAAUCGAGACACGUGACUGCACCUGUGAGGUCCCAAUCUCCUCCGACUCAGACGAUACUUCCCCCUCGGAAAAUGGUAAUGCCGCCCAAAUUCCACCAGCAGGAUCAUCCCACCCCAGCUCCUCGUUUGGCUCACCCCACAAACAAAGCUGCCGUCCCUAAGCCUCCAUUGCAGAAGUUGGAGUCCCCAAAAUCACGAGAAAAGGCUAAUCUUGAACAGAAUGACGGUACUCCAAAAAAGCAGAAACAAUGCAAUUGCAAGAAUUCUAGAUGCUUGAAGCUGUACUGUGAGUGCUUUGCCUCGGGAGUUUACUGUGAUGGAUGCAACUGUGUCAAAUGUCACAAUAAAAUGGAACACGAGGCUGAUAGAAAGGCAUCAAUUGAAACUAUUUUGGAGAGGAAUCUGAAUGCUUUCAGACCAAAGAUAGCCAACAGUCCACAUGGAGCCGCAGAUGGUGGUGUAGAACACCAUAAGGGAUGCCAUUGUAAGAAAUCUGGGUGUCUCAAGAGGUAUUGUGAUUGCCUCCAGGCCAAUAUUCUGUGUUCAGAUAUAUGUAAAUGCAUGGACUGUAAAAACUAUGAAGGGAGUGAGGAGAGAAAAGCUCGUUUUCAACAAUAUCCUACAAAUUCGAUUGCAUUAAUGCAACAAGCUGCCAUUGCGGCCAUCAAUGGAGCUAUCGGAACUCCAAACAAGAAGAGUAGAACUCAACAAAUGGCGCAUGGGUUGGAAAGUUGCUCAACAUCUGAUGCCUCAAAUUCCUCAUUAUCUCAUCACCAGUCCAAACAGAUGAUUGGAAUUUCUAAACCUUCCUACAGGUCUCCUUUGGAUGGGAUCCUCCAAUUACAACACGUGAAGGACUUCUGCAUGCUUUUAGUUGAACUUUCAUCUGAAGCAGCUCAGAAUUUUUCAAAAAACAAAACGAGUAGUACCACAGAUGUGAUUGAGCCUGAACUUUCACGAGUUUCUUCAUCCCAUAAUGACAGUAAAGAUAAUCAGAACCAAGAAUGUGGGGAAUCAAAUGGAUUUGAUCUUCACAAUGACAGGCCAUUGUCCCCAGCAACACUUGCUUUAAUGUGUGAUGAACAAGACACAGCAUUUAUGGCAGAUAAAGCAUGUUCAAUUACUGAGUCUGAUCCAGGCAUGAAUAUGAAGUCAGUCUCCAUAAAUGGCCUUUACCAGUUGUAUGUUGACCAAGAAAGGCUUGUGCUAGCCAGAUUUCGUGGUUUUCUCAACAGAAUUAUCACGUGUGGCUCGAUUGAAGAAGCAGAAAUAGAUCACGAAAACAUGCAAGGUUUGUAUGUAUGUAAUGGUGUUAGGAUUUCUCUUAUUCGUGCUUUAGCUUGUAAUUAUUAUGCAACUGUAAUACAGAGAGAGGAUGUGGUUCAAAUUAGAAGCAAGUCAUCUGAAAACCAAGUUUUAAGCCUAAGGAGGAACCUUAACAGUACUCUUCCUUCCCUUAUCCGUAAUCGCGGGAAUCAUGAGGCCGCGCAAGUGCCAAACACCGCCUUCCACGUGCGGUCUCAUGCACCUCCACCUGCCACUGCCAGCUCCAACUACUUCAUAAACGCGAAGCUGACCACUCCCACUCCGCAGCUAAUUCCCGAUCCGUCACCGGCGAUCAGAGAAUGGAAUAUUCCAGCGACGCCGUCAAGAUCCGCUCCAAUUUUUUGCAAGUACUCCGCAGCCGCCGCUCGGCCGAAGGUCACCUCUGCACCUCAUUUCUCUCUUCAGUCUUCAUUGUUUCCUCUUUCUGUUGAAUAUGGGAAACCUGUACAAGGCCCACUGUACCAAGAAACUCCUAGGCCAAACUUCAGCGAGGUGAUGGACUCUUGUCCGAAGAAAGAGAUUCCCAACUUUAAGGAACUGCUGCAAGAGGAGAACUUUUACCUGACAACUGAGGAGGGGGAACAAGGACGUUUGCCUGUUCUUUUAUUGAAACUGAAAGCAAACAACAGUCAGAAGAGAAGGCCAGCUAUUGUUUUCUUACACAGUACACAUAAAUGCAAAGAGUGGUUGCGACCUUUGCUUGAGGCGUAUGCUUCUAGGGAUUAUAUUGCUAUAGCUAUAGAUUCACGUUACCAUGGAGAGCGAGCCAGAAACCUAACGACUUACCGAGAAGCUCUGGUGUCAUCAUGGAAAAAAGGCGACACUAUGCCUUUUAUAUUUGAUACGGUGUGGGACAUAAUAAAAUUGGCAGAUCACCUGACCCAAAGGGAGGAUGUGGAUCCUUCUAGAAUAGGAAUAACCGGUGAAUCCCUUGGAGGCAUGCAUGCAUGGUUUGCUGCUGCUGCUGAUACUCGGUAUUCUGUGGUUGUCCCUAUAAUUGGUGUUCAGGGUUUCCGUUGGGCAAUUGAACAUGACAAGUGGCAAGCCAGAGUCGACAGCAUCAAGGCUGUCUUUGAAGAGGCAAGAAUCGAUCUGGGAAAGAGCACAAUUGAUAAAGAAAUAGUGGAGAAGGUGUGGGACAGGAUAGCUCCCGGUUUGGCCUCUCGUUUUGACUCUCCUUACACGCUCCCUGCAAUUGCACCACGCCCCCUGCUUAUUUUGAAUGGCAAAGAGGACCCUCGUUGCCCCCUUGGUGGACUGGAACUUGCGGAAUCAAGAACAAAACAGAAGUAUGAAGAAGCGGGUUUGAUCCAUAACUUUAAGCUGGUGGCUGAAGAGGGUGUCGGGCAUAGGAUGACAUCUUGUAUGGUGAGACAGGCAAGUGACUGGUUCGAUGAACACUUCAAUCCAUGAGGUCAUGUACAAUCCCUCUGGAGAACAAGUUUGGAUUCUGUAUCACGUAAAAUCCUAGUGUCUGUAUAUUGUUCUAUCUUGAAGGGGUAUAGAUUUGCCCUUGAGGUGAAAUCCACAUCUGAAUCCAUUUACUUUGUCGUAAAUUAAUUAUUGAUUGACAUUUGUACCUUUUUUUCUGAAAUGAGCUCUGCAAGUUUCGUAUAAUUUACGUACAUAGGUAUGCUAAAAGCAAAAAUUAGCUCAGCUUUCUUAACCAGUGUGUAUUCGAAGUUUCUUUUUCAAAACUUGAUAAACAUAUCCGAGAGCAGAAGGCACUUGUGAAAAUCUGGAUGCAUACGAACUCUGUUUGAGCACAAGAAUCCAAUACUUUUUUCAACCCUUCUUA